AUGACCGAGGCAUCUGAAAAUGGCUACCUGGUACGUGUUCGUGCUCAAGUGAUGUGUAGAGAUGAGGGCACGGGCGGGUGGAUGGCGCUUGGCGGGGGCGGGCUGGCCGACGUUAUGGUGUGUCGACGUGGACCAGGUGGUCCGGACAAUGGCGACUCGGCGUUGUCGGCGGCCAGCAUCCUGCAGACAGAGUAUUAUAUACACGGACGAAGGAUAAACGAUAACACGCUGGUAUUGGACUGCACGGUGAAGGACGACUUCCAUUACCACAAGGUGAUGCCUACCUUUCAUCACUGGGUAUCAGAUGAGAAGCGAUACGGAUUGACCUUUCAAACAGCCGCUGACGCUAGGCACUUCGACAAGGGAGUUAGAAUAGCUGUUAACCACUUGUAUCGUAAGCGGAAUCUUCUCAAACCGAAAGAAGAUGAUGAAGAAAAUAAUAUAUUUGAAUGCCUGAAUCUUCCAUCAGAGUCUCGUUCAAGUUCAGAAACUUCGACUGCAUCGAGGAGACGAGAUGAAUUAUCACAGACACCCAUACUAUCAGCUAUUACGCUACCUCAACACACUCUCGCAGAUUCCCUCAACAUUCAAUACGAUGACAAGUUGGAUGACUCCGAUAAUGAUCGCUGUCCGUAUGUUCAUCUGUCCGCUGUCCAUGAGUACACAUACCCUCAAGUAUGUCCCGGAGUGAUUAGUUCAGAAAAAUCAUCACCAAAUACUAAACCACCGCUGCUUAAAAGGGAUUCUGGGUCAAUCAAGAAGACAUACACCAGUCCCCCUUUGCCUGAUAAGAAAUUACCUCCGGAGGUGUUUCAAGCCAGGAUUAAAUGUCGUUAUUGUCACGAGUGGUAUUUGGAAAGCGCAAAUCGCGCCGGAUCCUGUGAAUUCGCGCCAGACUUGUGUCGCGCUUGUGUUGACGGAGUUACGUGUUUGAAAUGUGCUCAGUGUCUAGUGUAUCACUGCGCGUCAGACGGCGAAGGUGAUUUCACACCACAGCCGUGCGCGUGCGCCCCGGCCGGUGAUUCGUGUGUACGUCGUUGGCUCGGCGUAUCAUUACUAAGUCUGCUCGUGCCGUGUCUCUGCUGCUACCCGCCGCUCGCAUGUCUGCACGGGGCAGCGCGCCGCGCGGGACUGACCGGCGGCGCGCACAGACCCGCGAGACGCUGA